AUAUUAAGGGCUUAUUUUAGAUCUAAAACCCCGUCUUUGUUUCAGCAGGUGGGGCAGAGUCAGGUGAUCAUCGACACUGAAACACAAUGGUUUUAACAGUGUAUGGAAGCUGCUUUUUUUUUUUGUUCGGUGCUUUUUAGGUUUGAAAUCAUUCGUUUAAUCUGCAUGUAUGCUUUAGUUACGCAUUUAAUUCAAAACUAAGUAGCUGUAAAUGGUAGUAAAUGAAGACAGUGGUUUCUAUCGUGGGAGGGGCGACACCAUUCCGACCGCAGUCAUUCAGUCAGUCAGCGGCAGCAGAAGCUCCGGUGGUGAAGCUGACCGGAGCGUAACCGACAUUCCUGCCUUCGUCUCGCCACGCUCGGAAGCCUUUUUCUUUCACAGGCCGAUCUGGCUGAUGGAAACAGAGCUCGGCCAAAAUGUGCGCGAAUGUGUUCGGCGUUUUGAAAAGUCUCUUUGGGAAACCUUUUGAUGGUGGCAAAAGGAUGGACCAUGGCAGUUCACAGGACCAGCAGCAGCAUCCGGCGGAGCAGCAGCAGCCUUACCAUCCGCAGCAUCCUGCGAUGAUGAGACUGUACGAGGUCCAGAAAGAGGUCUCCACUCUGGGGCCGCAGGUCUGCACCUUCAGCGGCCUGCAGAACGACCGAGAGUACAAGCGCAUGGAGCGCGAGCUGACCCAGCUGCUGCUGCAGGUGGACCAGGUGGACACGGAGGGCAAGCUGGAGCUGCAAGGAGCGCGCAAGAGGGCUGCGCAAGAGGUGGAGGGCCUUCUGCGGUACCUGGAGGAGAACGCCUCCCACCCGUCCCGCCUGGCCAUCGAAGAGCUGAGCAACGCGGCACGGGAGCUGGUGGACGAGCGGGUGGUGGCGCCGCAGCGGGCCGGCGGGGUGGCGGAGAUAAAUGACGAGCUGGUGGACGCCCUUCAGGAGUUCAUCCUCAGGCUCACCCAGAUCAAGACUGAAGGCCGGGUGCCGCUCCGCAAGGCGCGCUACCGAGCCCUCACGCGGCUCUGCGCCGUGCAGGACGUGCUGGAGAGCCGCACGCCGCAGCAGACCCUCUCUCUGCCCCUGUCGGGGGAGACCCACGAGGCCGUGAACCGCAUCAACCAGGUCAUGGUGAAGGUGAGCAUGGCUCGCAGUCAGCUUCUGGCUUUGCUGAUGGGGCUGAGCGGGAGGGACAGCUGCGCGCACCUGUCCCGCAUCCUGACGGAGCUGCAGGUGGAGCUGGACGCCCUGGACGUCUCCGGUAACGCGGCGAUCCGGAAUUACAGGAAACAGGUGGUGGAGGAAAUAAACGGCCUGCUAAAACACCUGGACCUGGAGGGAGAGGGGGACGACACUCGCAGGUAUGAUUUGGCGCAGAACAACUCCAUCCGUGAGAUCGAGGCUGUGCGAGCCCACGUCUCCCACUUACGAGAGGGCGUCCUGCGACACUGCGUGAUGGGUGACCUCAGCUUCCGGCCCAAAGCCGAACUCCAGAGCCUCCUCACUCACCUGGACCAGGUGGACACGGCCAAAAACCCGUGCAUCAGAGAGGCCCGCCGCCGCGCCGUGGUCGAGGUCCAGGCCGUCAUCACCUUCCUGGACCUCCGCGAGGCGCUGCUGUGCCGCCAGCCAGGCCCUGAAGAGCACCCGUCGCACCGGGCUGUGUGGAUGGUCCUGGGCAGCCUCUCCGACCUGCAGGCCCAAGUUCUGGGCUUUGACGGCAAGCGGGCCGACAAGAGCUACAUGAUGCUGGAGGAACUGCUGACCAAACAGCUGCUGGCACUGGAUGCCGUGGAUCCACUGGGUGACGCGUCCACCAAGGUGGCACGGAAGCAAGCGGUGAAGUUCGCCCAGAACAUUCUUAACUACCUAGACAUGAAGACGGACGAGUGGGAGUACUGAUUAAUCCAGGACCACGUUGGGUCGGACACGGCUGCAGGAAUUAAAGGAGCUUGAAAAUGGAGCGUCAUCAUUCCGUUGGCUGUAAAUAUUGCCUGAAAUACCCAGAAUCCACUGCAGCAGAGGUUUUUUUUUUUUGUCCCUUUGUGGUAGUCAAGGCCAACCCAUCUGAAACUCCUUUUGUGAAACACAUUUUGCCAAGUAUUUUUCUCUGUGCUCUUUGAUUGUGUGUAUGUGCGUGUGUGUGUGUGUGUUUGUGUGUGUGUGUGUGUGUUUGUGUGUGUGUGUGAUUUGCUCGUUGCUCUCAUUGUGUUUGUUGUACGGUAGUAGAAGCCUGCAGCCAAAGCACGGAGUAACUCUCGUUGUCUUCUCCUCCAGACUGCACUUCAUAUUGAUAAAACGUUCACUUAGAGUGAUUGUAAAUCAGUGGCCUCUUUUAUUAACUUGACUGUCAGUUGCUAAUGGAGACAGCUGGUGAUACGCUGCCAGAGGAAGGAGUGGCUCAUUCUGUAGAACUAGAGAAACCAGGCAGUCGCUGUGUUUCUGUUCCAAAUGCGCGCAAAACUUUUGUCUAUUGUGGUCGUGUCAAAGAAAAACACAAGUCACCGCGUUCCCGUUGAAUGAGACACAAUUAAAAUCACGUGAAUAAGUUUGUUCACGUGUUAAGUCAAUAAGAUCCAUGCGGCGCUUCCAACUUCUUCCUGUUGUCGUUGUCUUUGUGGUCUUUGCUAGUGGCAAAAACCACAAAGACGUGCUCCAACAGUGUCCAUCUGAAUCAAAGACAAUGUUUCCAUAAAUAAACCCAACUUUUUAAAAAAAUAUCUCAACUUAGCAUCAAAACUUUAUAGAAAAAUUUGUUGUUUGAAAUAGACAUGUUUCCAGUAAGGAAAUUUAUUUUCAGAAUGUCAAAUUGUGUAAUUUUAUGGUCAAUGAAAUCACAGCCACAUGCUUGCUCAAUUUGACAUUUAAAAAUACAUUUGUUCACUGGAAGCGGGCCAAUUUCAAAAGAAUGACUCGGUUUUUGUUGAUGUUUCGGCACUAGCAUAGAAAUUUGUGCAUUUCACAAAACUGCAAUGGAAACACUUUUUUUGCAUCACACAACUCACCUGAUCAACACCGGCGCAACCCAUGAAGAAGAAAACAGGAGGAAACGGAGAGAUCAUGGUGCUGCAUACUUUUAAUAUCACGUGAACAAACUUAUUCAUGUGAUUUUAACAUAUUUCUUAUUUAGCAGAAACACAGCAAAUGCAAAAUUGUUUUUUUUUUUUUACAUUAGCAGAAUAUUGACAACGUUUUGCGCACAUUUAUAAUAAAAACGCAGCUACUUCAGGCUGAUUUUACUGCAUUAUCUACUUUAUUACAUCUUCAAGGGUCAGAUUGCAGACAUGCACAUGGGUCUAAUAACAUCUGUGUUCUACCAGAUGGAAUUAGACAGUAGGAGAUGAGGUUGCUAAUCUUCAGUCAUUCUCCAUGAAAGAAGAAAGGAUCUGAAUUUCGGGGCCAAUUUCUGAUCUCUGAUUUUCAUAAAGCUUUGACCUGCCGACGUAGAUUUAGAUCUGAUUUUCCUCCUUGAGUUUUAACAUAGCCACGUCUAAUUACAGCAUGCAGAAUAAUUUCUCCUUCACAGGAAGAAGGCCAGAAAAAUUAGGUUAUCAGGAGGAGAGGUGACAUCACACCACACAGCGGUUGCUGUAAAACAGUUUUGAUCAUUUCAGCAUGCAUCAAACCUAAGGUGCGGGGGCCAAAGGCUUGACAGUUUUGCCCCUCGAGACAAAAAUAUUUGGUUCAAGUUGCGCUAAUUCCCACCUGUAGGUGGCAGUAUUUCUUACUUGUAAUACAAUACUGCCUCAGAUUUCAUCGGGUUGUCAUCCACCAUAAACAAAGUCACAUUUACCACCAUAUAUUAGUGUAAAUACCUCAAAAGUCUUUGUAAAUAUUUCUAAAUUAGCACCAAAACGUCAGAAAAUCAAUCAACAUAACGUGGAGGGACCACUCAAUGUGAAAAGAGCUCAAGUUUAAAUAGUACUUAUCAAAUGCAGAGACAAUUAGUCAUUAAUAUUUGAACAGCUGUUUAUGCGUUUUAUCAAUAUAUUCUGGACAACUGGCCCUUUGGGAAGAUUUAAAGCAAACCCGCUCAUUGAAAACCACCUUUAGCAUCUUAUGUUAGCAAUUAGCAUGACAAGCUACCAAACCAGUCGCACCAAAAGAUUCUGAUGUUUUUUAGACAGUCAGACGGAGGUUACAACUAGCUCAACAGGAGAAAACAGAGCAACUUUCCUGUUGAGCCUUCAUGUUAUCAGCCCAAGUCUCGCUCUCUCUCAGAUUUUAUUUUCUAAGUGAGCUGAAAGAAAAAAAUGGUCUGUUUGAAGUCACCGACAGCCUAACAGUUGACAAAGAAGCGCUAAAAAUCUAUUUUAAGAUUACGUGGAAGUCAUGGAUGAAUGUUUUUUUUUUUUUGUUUUGCAGCAGGAUGUUACAGAGAUGGAAGGCUUCAGUUUUAGCUGCAUCUGUUGUCGUCUGUUCUCAGAUGUUUGUCCUGACCGUGUAAUGAUCACACCAGGCUGGAAAUAGAUCAGAUAUGAAUCCUUUCAGGAGACGCGGGGCGAUAUUUCGACGUUGCUGCUUCUGCGGCUUCUUGUCUAUUUGUUUCUACCCACCGCUUUCCGUUGAGGGAGACUGAAGCCUUUUGAGGAAAUUGGACAGAAAGAGGCAGAGGCGACGAUAUCUGCAGGACUGGCGUGUGGAGGAGGGAGCUCAGGGGCCCCCGCUGGAGGGCCCUCGGCAGGGAGGCACUGACGGAGAUCACAGUCGACAGAACCUUCUAGAAACUUCUCCGAGCUGCUGGAGAAGCAGGGAGAGAGAGGAAGGACGUGUAAAGAAGUCUGAAGCUCUGUGCCUUUUUACUUUUCAGCCUUUUUUUUUUAGCCCAUCAGUUUGUGUAAGACAGUGUUUUAGUGCAGCAAAAAUAGAACGCGUUGUUUCUGGUAUGCAUCGAUGCACUAGAAUAGGACACCAAGAACUGAAUGUUUCACUGAGAGAGCACCUUGGCCAGUGUCACCACAUGUUUGCACUGGGAGUCUUUUCUUUUUUGUUUGUUUUGUCUCCUUUUCUUUUCUUUUAUAAAUGCGUAUUUAUUUCCCAACAAAGUUCCAGUUAGACUGACAUCUGAAUCAGUCAGCCACAAACUUCAAAGUAUUUUAUUGGGACUAUAAGGUCAAGAGCAACACAAUAUUUAGAUGCGUUUAUAUAUGAAGGAUCGCUAAUAUACAAUCGGUAUCCAUAAUCACCGAUGUGGAUACCGAUCUUACCAAUUUGCUAACAUGGUUAUCAGCGGAUGUCAGUAAACUGUUAACAUAUCGGUAUCGGUCUGACAAGUGAAACUGGGCCGAUGUUUCAAACUGAUGUUAAGUUCCAUUUUCAGGAGGGCGACAGGAUGGGUUUGGUCAUUUGGUAUUUAAGUUUUUUUUUUUUUUUCAACAAAUGAAAGUUUUAAUACAUUUUGUAUUUACUCUGAUACCGUUGAAUUAAAACCUGUGUGCUGUAAGGUUAUUAUUUAUUUAUUAUUUACAAGGUAAUGCACUUUCCAAAAACUCCAUCCCUAUGUUGAAGCACGUUGGUGGCAGCAUCAUUCUGUGCUCAGGUUCUUCUGCAGGCAUUUAAGAAUCUGUUUCAGUGAUAUAAAUUGAAUUUCAAUUCAAAAAUAAAGAAGUUCAUUUAGAUUCUUAAUCACAUUUCUGAUUAAUAUAUUUAAUUAUUAAUUAGAUGAUUUUGUGGCAGCACUUGAAAGCUGUUCUCCCUCCAAUAUUAAUAAACUUUAGCUAUUUUGCAAAUAACAGUUUGAUUCACUUUCAAGGAAUGUGGAAACCUUCCCAAACCUCUUCAUAAACAUGUAGGAUAAAUUCAGCUUCUUUUUAGAAAAGUGAUGCCAACAUUGAACUGUUUAGUCUUUUCUUUCCUUUUUUUUGUUCGUUUUUUGUUUUGCAUGAGUGUUUACAGCUGAGUUUUGUAUUUAGGUCACAGAACUGACUGAACGCAGUGGAGUCUGCUGUUUACACACCAAACCAACAUCCAGCGCAGGUUCAGUUUAUUUAUGCGAAAUGUCAAUUAGAGGUUUAGAUACGCAGAAAAACUGCAGUUAUAUACACGAGGCACAGCAUGUGACGGGCCGCAGCUUCACAAACUAAACUGAACCAAACUUUUCAGUUUGAAAUUCACAACAGGCCGUUCGUCGGCGCUUUUGCUUGAAAUGUCGUGGAGUUCAGAAGUCGUUGAUAAAAGUGCAGCUCCUGAAAACAUCUCGUCUCCUCUUGAGAGCAGAUGUUUUGAGAUAUCUGCGUCUCGAUACACAGCAAAAUCAAAUUGCAUAAGAGCAUCUUUUACCUGCUGCAGACACUUUUUGGCACAAGGCCUCCAGCUGCUCCUGUGUGUCCAGACGAACGCUGCGUUCACAACAUCCUGCACUCACUUUGUUCUGACUGAUUCACCAAACAGUCAUGAGGAAAAGAAAGCACACCCUCUUUUAUUCAAAGUGUUUACCUUUGAGGAUACUCUGGCUGUACAAUGAGUUCAGGCGAGCCUCAGGUUCCACAUUAUGAAUGAAGAUCGAAGCUCCUGCUUUGAUUGAACAAGAUUUUAGAGGGGAAGUAGUUCUUACUGAUUGAAGAACUUGAUUGGAUGAUCAGAAUUCUGUCCUUUUUCUCAGAAGAACAACCGACUGUUAGAAAAUAGGAGUUUGUGUCUCGUUGGUCUGGGAGACGCUGGCGUGUAUUGAAGGCAACAGCAACUACAGUAAACUGUAAAGAAGCAACUAUUGUUACCUGAAAGAGUUCAUGAGGUCAAAUGUCUGUCAUUUGGAAGUGAGAAAUAUUAUUUAUAAGAGGAAAACACUUAAUGUCUGUCAAAAUUCCCACUGUGCUCAGAGAAAUAAAAAAUAAUAAAUCAUCAGCUUCACAAGUUUAGUAACAGGUUAUGGAAGAAGAUUAGUGUCACUAAUUAAAAAAAAAAAGCAGAUUUUUUUUACUCAGAAUUCAGACUCUUUCUUUUCGGAAUUCUGACAGAUAUUCUCAAAAUUCCGACAUCUUUGAUCCUUAAUGAAGAACGAGACACAAUUCUUCCUCUCCAACAAACAGGAAACGACAUGUGAGCGUUAAUCCUCCGGAAGCGCAGAGGAUCCAAAGGAAAAGAGGAAACGCUUUCCUUUCACUUUGCAGAAAUGCUGCGUUUACUUCGCCCUGCUGGCUGCUUGUGUGCAUGACUUUCUAAUGUUGCACUUUCAAACAAUGCAGCAAAACAAAUUCAUACGCUGCGCUUCCUGAAGAGUUCAAAGGUCAGGAUGGAAGGUGAAAGAGAAGAAACAACACAAAGUGAAGGAUUUAGUAGAGUUUGUUUUUCUGCUGGAAGCCAUGUGUAGGAUGAGCUUCCUGUAACAAUGUUUAUCAUCACCAAUAACAGAUUUUAUCUCAAUCAUGUUAUUAGAAAGUCAAUUUACAAAGCAAAACCCAUCAUUUAGAUUAAUUCCACACAUUUUGCUUUUGUAUGUUUUCAUGUGAAAUGUUAUCAUUUUCUUACUGCUUACAAAAAUGUGACAUUUAUCUGCUUAGAAUAUGAAAAUAAUAUGUAUUAAAAAGGAGAUUUUUAAUACAGGAAUGUGGGCUCAAUUUUGCAACAGGUCUCAUCAGAACCUGGACUCUGGUUUCCUGAGACCAGCCUGUAAACUUUGUGUUCUAACCGAGUCAACCUGAGCCGGUAUCCAAACGUUUAUCCCAAAGAUUUUAUAUGAAUAUAAAAACCCAGUGUGUUGCCACAUCAGAACACUGGUGUAUUUAUUUGGGGAGAUUUCUUUUUUUAUUUGUAUUUUUUUCCCACCCGCUAACAGCUUCCUGCUUGUUAAGAGUCUGAACUUGGCAGCCGGAGUCCAUUAAAGUGGAGUUAAAAUCUCCGGUCCAGAUGGGAUUCAAAGCCAGGCCUUCAGUUCAGUUGUUUACGUGGAGCAAACAGUUUAAAGGUCAGAUUCGACGCCACUCAGCUCAGCGCCGUCUUUCAUGUCGGCUCUUAUUUAUCUUAUUUCUGUUCUUAAACUCGCCGGCUUGCAAAAAGUAUCCAUGUCUUUUGAACGUUUGUAUUUUGUCACAUUGCAACUGCAAAUGUCAAUGUUUUAGUAUUUCAUUAAAUACAGCACACAAUUAUGAGUAAAAGUCGAUAGAUACGUUGUAUGUCCUAAUCAAUACAAGGCUGAGAACUGUUCCAGUUGUUUUCUAAUAUUCAUAAGUGAUCAGAAGACUGAUAGGUACUGAACAGAGUCCACCUGUGUGUAUUGUUCUACAAGGUUCUGACUAAAGCGGCCUGCGUCCAAAAGCAUGCCACACUUUACAGAUUGAUAAGAAAAAAAUGAAUAAAAAUUCUCUCAAUUUUCUCUCCACUUUACAAUCUGUUUUGGUGGUUCAUCGCCUCCAAUAGGACAAACUGUGUGGGUGUGGUGCCCUAAACCACGGAGGGUGUGAAUACUUGAACAAGGCGUCGCAGCAGCAGCAGCAGCAGCUGCUGUCGUUAAGGAAAGACAGGAAAUGCCUCCAGAUUGUGAAGCCACAAAGAGCCAGACUGGAUUUAUCUGACUGCAAGAGUCGAAUCCAACAUUCAUUACUUUCUCUUUUAAGAGCCUUGGAUGAGCGAUGUUUGAAAAGACUGUUUUACAUGUCAAACAUCUUCCAUCUGAAGGAGGCAACAUUUGUGUUUUCAUGCUGAGGUCAAAUUGAAAUGGGACUUUGGUGCAUCACCUGUUGCUUAUUGUCUGUUUCUUUCUGGGUGGGGAACUGUAAAAGUAAAAAUCAAAAUCAAAUGAAACCCAGGAAUCUAUUUUCCCAAUGAAGACAGUUUCAAACACCUUUGCUCCCUUAAUAGAUGGCUGGAGUCCUGCGUGUAGUUUAUUCCUCCAAAUACCGGAUGUUAAGUUGCCUUUAACUGCACUGACUGUCACAAGUGUUUUAUGUUGUAGUUUGUUUGUUUUGUUUCCAAAAGCUGCGCUUGUACAAAAAGCACACUGCUGCCGGACUGACCGUGUCGUGUGAAUGCUUCAUGGAUGGCUGUGUUUCAGAUUUGUAUUUCCAAAAUCCAAAAUAAAGAUGGUCUUAUUCUGGA